AUGGUGAAAAAUCGGGCAUUCAUCGCUUCAUUCAACCCAAUGUCCAAAGUUUCAGUACCCAUUCGACCGCCAUUCUCCUCUAUCGUUGAAGUCGUUGGUGCUCAGCUCUCCACUUUCGCAGCCAAUUUUGGGCUCAUGCGCUCAACAUCGAUCAAAGAGCAGUUGCCCAGUGCCGAAUUCUAG